CAGCUCCGCAGAUUCCAUAGGAAUUUAGAACAGGAGGAGAGACUCGUGAGUCGUGACGUGGUCAAAUACUGUUAAUUCUUCUCUGUUCUUUGCUGGAGAGAGGAAGGAGCAAGAAAGAACUAAAGGCAUUGGAUCUUUUCUAAUCUAUCUACAAAUCGAAAAUGAGAACAGGAUUUUAAUGGAGAGAGCUUCUUUCAUUUGAUCUGGACUUCUUGAACUAGAUCUUUGCUGAUUUCACAUUGGGGUUUUUUGGCUAACAAUGUCAAGGCCACUUUACCGGGGGCUCUCCGGCGGCAAUGGAAGGCUCUCCGACGGUGGAGACUCAUUUGAUAAGCUCUCCCAACAGAAAAAUUUCGCUAAGAAUGGAUUAGGGCAUGAGCUUCCAAGCUCUUUUGGAGCAAGUAGAAAUCGGCAAAGCUUGACGCUUAGCUUGCUCAAGCUUGGUCUUGCCCUAAUUGUUUUCGUUGCGAUUUCGGGCUCACUCUACUGGAUAACAUAUAUCUCCAGUGCCUCGCAAGUUAACAUCUAUAGAGGUUACAGGCGGCUACAGGAGCAGCUCGUUGCAGAUCUCUCCCUUGUGGAAGAGCUCGCCAAUGGAGUUGGCAAGCUCAGAGAGAUUGAAUUCUGCCCUGCUGAGUAUGAGAAUUAUGUGCCAUGUUAUUAUAAUUUUUCAGGGAGUUCAGAUUCAGCAGAAGCAGAUGGUCAGAUUGAGUAUGAGAGGAAGUGUCUUCAUGGAUUUGAAAAGGGGAAAAGUUGUUUGGUUUUGCCACCAAGAAAUUAUAGGAUUCCAUUAAGAUGGCCGACAGGAAGAGACUUCAUAUGGAAGGAGAACGUGAAGAUCACAGGGCAGGAGUUCUCAUCAGGGAGUUUGACAAAGAGGAUGAUGGUGGAGGAAGAUCAUAUAUCUUUUCACUCUGACUCUUUAAUGGUUGAUGGAGUGGAAGACUAUUCACAUCAGAUAGCUGAGAUGAUUGGGCUGAGAAAUGAGUCAAAUUUCAAUGAGGCUAGGAUCAGGACUGUCUUAGAUAUAGGCUGCGGCUUUGGUAGCUUUGGGGCGCAUCUUUUUUCGAAACACCUUCUUACCAUGUGCAUUGCAAAUUAUGAAGCCUCUGGAAGUCAAGUUCAACUUACACUUGAAAGAGGCUUGCCUGCUAUGAUUGGUUCAUUUUUCUCAAAACAAUUGCCAUAUCCAUGUCUUUCCUUUGAUAUGGUACAUUGUGCAAGAUGUGGGAUUGACUGGGAAAAUAAUGAUGGUAUCCCCCUGGUGGAAGUUGACAGACUCUUGAGGCCUGGAGGAUAUUUCGUUUGGACAUCACUCACAAACACACACAGAUCUCUUCGUGAUAAGGAUAAUCUGAAAAAAUGGACGCAUAUCCGUAAUUUCGCUGAGAAUCUCUGUUGGGAAAUGCUUUCACAGCAAGAUGAAACAAUCAUUUGGAAAAAGACCAGCAAAAAGAAAUGUUACAGUUCUCGGAAAGCGGGUCCUCCAUUCUGUGGCAAGAGUCAUGAUAUUGAAUCUCCCUAUUAUCAACCACUUAAUCCUUGCAUUGGAGGAUUAAGAAGCCAGAGGUGGAUCCCAAUUGAAAACCGAACACCAUGGCCCAUGCAAGCUAAACUAAACUCAGCUGAACUUAACAUUCAUGGUGUGCAUUUGGAGGACUUUACAGAGGAUUCCUUAAACUGGAAUUCUGUAGUUCGUAAUUAUUGGUCUCUUCUUUCACCUCUUAUAUUUUCAGAUCAUCCUAAGAGGCCCGGAGAUGAGGAUCCCACUCCACCUUUUAAUAUGCUUAGGAAUGUAUUGGACAUGAAUGCUCGAUUCGGUGGCUUCAAUGCUGCUCUACUGGAAACUGGAAAAUCUGUGUGGGUGAUGAAUGUAGUACCGGUUACUAGCCAGAACUACCUUCCUCUUAUCUUUGAUCGAGGAUUUAUUGGUGUCCAACAUGAUUGGUGCGAAGCAUUUCCAACCUAUCCAAGAACUUAUGAUAUGGUUCAUGCUGAAGGAUUGCUAUCAAAUCAUCAGCAGCACAGGUGUUCCAUCAUUGACAUAUUCACAGAGAUAGAUCGCAUCCUAAGGCCAGAGGGUUGGGUUAUAAUUCAUGAUAAAACGCCACUCGUUGAAGCACUGAGAUCAAUAAGCACACAGUUGAAAUGGGAAGCACGUAUGAUAGAGAUGGAAGCUAACAAAGACGAGAGACUUCUUCUUUGUCAGAAGCCCUUCUUCAGGAAACAGAUACAGUAAGUAAAUUCAAUAUUCCAUAGAAAAAUCGCAGUUCUUGCUUAAAAAAUGCAAGAAAUCAUAAAAUUUGGAAUAAGAGAAGUAUUCUCCUUAGGCAGUAAUGGCCUCUUUCUCCUGUGGAGACACAAGGCCUUCAUAGGAACAUGUAAUUUGUAAAUGCAGAGGUCAAAAGAGUAUAUAGAGUAGGCCUUUAGUUUUUCUUCCCACACCCAUGCGAGUACAACAAUACAAUGGGCCAAAUGAAAUAUUAAAGAUCAAGAAUAUAGAAUGAAUAAGGCCUGAUUGUUUUUCUUAAGUAAAGUUUUAUUUCUUAUUCGCAUUUGCUCAAACAUGUAAAAUUUGUUUGUAAUACUCUUCUUCUAUUAUUAAGUUUAAUGGCUGUGAUUUCUAUGGUCA